AUGAAUGACAGGCGAUCAUCUAGUGCGCACGUUCAAAGUUCACGUAGAAUAGCCAAAUUAAAAAACCCCUACCUCGAUCUGGCUGCGGAGGAGGAGGAGGAGGAGGAGGAGGAGGAGGAGGAGGAUGAUGAUGACAACUGUGACCACAACGGUCCCUCUGAGCCCUGA